UUGUAAAUAGUACCUUACAAUAUACUUACGCAGGAACUACGAAAUGGAAAGUAUAAAACCAAUCUAUGACAUUGUGAAGGAUAUUGUCCCUACAGUUUGGGCAUGUGUGAAGUACCAAUUAUGCUUGGGUGAUUAUGUUACUAAAUUCAAAGAAAAGAAAGAAAGCUUGCUGGCAAGACAAGGUGACAUCAAAUCAAAAAUAGAAACACAACGUUACCCUGGAAAGAUUGAAAGCAGGGAAGUUAAAGAUUGGCUGGACAGAGGAGAUAAAAUAAUUCAUGAUGUUGAAGAUAAAGUCAACAGAGUGGGAUGCUUCUCUCACAUUUGUGUAGCAAAAUAUGUGGAUGAAAAAGCUGGAGAAAUGAAGGAAAUAUUUGAUGAAGGGGAAAAAUACACCAAGGUUGAUGCAAUUUUGGUGGUUGAUGAUCACUCAAGAAAGGGGAUUGCAGUCCCAACCCCAGAACUACAAGGCAGGGAUGCUACUAAAAUAGAAAUCUUGAAAUAUAUAGUGGAAGACAAGAUUACAAGGAUCGGAGUUAGUGGACUUGGUGGUAUGGGUAAAACAACCAUCAUUAAGCAUGUGCACAAUGAACUAUUGAAUAGAGAAACCAAAUUUAAGAAAGUUGUUUUGGUAACAGUAACGAAGCAGUUUGAUGUUAUCAAGUUACAAAAAGAUAUUGCAAGACAAUUGAAAGUUUCUCUGCCAGAUGAGGAUGCAAUUAUGCGUGCAGCGGUGUUAUCAGAGACAUUAGCAAAAGGUUGUUACUUGUUAAUUUUAGAUGAUGUGUGGGAGUGCAUUUCUCUUGAAAAUGUUGGAAUUCCAGAUUUAGUUGGAAACAGUGGUUGCAAAUUGUUGUUGACUACACGUUUUCAAGAUGUUGCUCGGUGCAUGAAUUGUAAGAUGGUCAAUUUGGAGCCUCUUCCAGAAAAAGAAGCAUUUCAACUAUUCUUGAAUAAAGUUGGAAGUGCAGAUACUAGUGAAGGCAUUAUAAAUACACUAGAACCAACUUUGAGACAAGUUGUGGGGGAAUGUGGAGGUUUGCCUCUGGCUAUUGUCACAGUUGCAAGUUCCAUGAAAAAGGAAUCAAGCCCUCAGUUGUGGCAGAAUGCACUAGAUGAGUUGAGAAAUCGUAGAAGAAUGAUCGCAAAUACAAUAAUUGUGGAAGGUUCAAUGAAUGAUGCAUUUGAGAUAUUGAAAUUCAGCUUUGAUCGUUUGAAUGAUGAAAAAAUUAAAUGUUGCUUCUUAUAUUGUGCACUAUAUCCUGAAGAUUUUGCAAUUCGAAAAAGGAAGCUAAUUGAGUGUUGGAUUGAAGAAGGAUUUAUUACUCCAAUGGAAACUAGACAUAAGAUGAAUUGUCAGGGGCAUGCUAUUCUAAAGAAGUUGGAAGAUAAUUGCUUGUUAGAAACAGUUCACACUAAGCAAAGUGGAGUAAUUGAUGAUGAAGACGAUAAAGCUGUGAAGAUGCAUGAUGUUUUGAGAGCCAUGGCUUUGGAUAUCACAAGCAAGAGUCCUCGGUUCUUGAUAAAAUCUGGCAUGAACAUUAGAGAGAUGCCAAACAAGGAACAAUGGACAGAGGAUAUGAAGAGGGUUUCCUUGAUGAGGAAUUCAAUAGAAGAGAUUCCUAGAGAUUUGUCUUCUCCACAAUGCCGAAGGCUUACAACUUUGUUGUUGUCCCAUAACAACUUAUCAAACUUUCCAGAUUUCUUUUUUGAGCAGAUGAAUGAACUCAAGAUUCUUGAUCUCGCCAAAAAUUAUGAAUUGAAGAGUCUGCCAAGUUCCAUCUCCAAAUUGAAAAACCUCACCACAUUGUUAUUAAUUGGUUGUCGACAGCUAAGAAAGGUGCCAGCUUUAUCUAAUUGUCAAGCCAUAACAAAGUUGGACUUCAACAGGUCUGGAAUUGAAGAAAUCCCUGAAGGUAUGGAAAUGUUAGUGAAUCUUAAAUAUCUUGAUCUUAGUUAUACAAAAAUAAGAAAACUGCCUGAAGGAAUGUUACAAAAACUAUCAUGUCUUCAAAUCCUAGCAUUAAGAAUAGGUGGGAUCAUGUACCAUGGGAUCCAAGUAAAAGGUGAAGAUUUGGGGGCAUUAGAGAAGUUAGAAUACUUUGAUGGGGUGCUAAUGGAUUGGAAUGAGUGGAGCAUUUUCUUCAAAAUGAUGCAAAGUAGAAGGCAACAACUUAGAGAUUAUAGAUUGGGUAUUGGAUCUGGAGUCGAAAGGAAUUAUCGAGAUCACAAAAGAUGGAAGAGAUUGUUUAAAAUAUCAUCCCUGCCAAUUACUUUUGAUAAGUGUGCCUUUCUACCCCACAAUGUUGAGACAAUUGCAAUUGAAAGUUGUCAUUACUUCAAAUGCUUAGACCAACUUUCUUUCUUGAAUGAUACAGUCAACUUGACAACAUACAUAAUCACUUACUGUCAAAGCUUAGAGUUUGUUUUCUCCUCAUUUUCCAACUUCAGGCAGCUUAAAACCCUUCAGAGUUUGCUGCUUACUGAUUUAGAAAACUUGAAAUCCCUUCUUAAAGAAGAAUCUCUUGCUCCGUCAGCACAUUCUCUCCCUCUUAAAACCAUCCUGAUUAAAGGUUGUCCUAAAAUAAAGAAGUUAUUCUCGCCUGGUUUGCUAGUCAGGCACCUCCAAAACCUGGAAUAUAUUUCAGUUGGUUGUUGUAAAGAAUUAGAGGAAAUAGUAGCCUCCGAGGAGUCCAGAGAAGAAGAAGAUGUUAAUCUCCCUCUCUCCAAAUUGAAAAUACUCAUAUUGUAUAAUAUGCCCAAAUUGAAGAGCAUCUGUGGCAGAACCAGAGGGUUGAAGGUUAGGCACCUCCAGAAUCUGGAAUAUAUUAUUGUGGAAGGUUGUGAAGAAUUGGAGGAAAUAAUAGCAUCUGAGGAGUCCAGAGAAGAAGAUGCUAAUCUCCCUCUCUCUAAUCUGACAGAAUUUGUCUUGCGUAACAUGCCCAAAUUGAAAAGCAUCUGUAGCAGAGCUGGAGGGUUACAGGUUAGGCAGCUCCAGAAUCUAGAAUCUAUUACUGUGGAUGAAUUGGAGGAAAUAAUAGCAUCCGAGGAGUCCAGAGAGGAAGAUGCUAAUCUCCCUCUCUCUAAUUUGAAAAAUCUUGUCUUGCGUAACAUGCACAAAUUGAAAAGCAUCUGUGGCAGAGCUGGAAGGUUGCAGGUUAGGCAGCUCCAAAAUCUGGAAUCUAUUACUGUGGAUGGUUGUGAAGAAUUGGAGGAAAUAAUAGCCUCUGAGGAACUCCCUUUCCCUAAACUAAAAAUACUCAAACUGCACAACAUGCCCAAAUUGAAAAGCAUCUACGGUAAAACCAGAGUGUUGCAGGUUAGGCAGCUCCAGAAUCUGGAAUGUAUUACUGUGGAUGGUUGUGAAGAAUUGGAGGAAAUAAUAGCCUCCGAGGAACUCCCUCUUCCUAAACUGAAAAGACUUGAACUGUGUAAUAUGCCCAAAUUGAAAAGCAUCUGUGGCAGAACCAGAGGGUUGCAAGUUAGGCAGCUCCAGAAUCUAGAAUCUAUUGUUGUGGAUAGUUGUGAAGAAUUGGAGGAAAUAAUAGCCUCCGAUGAGUCUAGAGAAGAAGAUGAUGUUAACCUUCCUGUCUCCAAAUUGAAAACACUCAAAUUGUGCAAUAUGCCCAAAUUGAAAAGCAUCUAUGGUAGAGCUGGAGGAUUGCAGGUUAGGCAGCUCCAAAAUCUGGAAUCUAUUACUGUGGAUGGUUGUGAAGAAUUGGAGGAAAUAAUAGCAUUCGAAGAGUUCAAAGAGGAAGAUGCUAAUCUCCCUCUCUCUAAUCUGAAAGAACUUGUCUUGUGUAACAUGCACAAAUUGAAAAGCAUCUGUGGCAAAGCUGGAAGUUUGCAGGUUAGGCAGCUCCAAAAUCUGGAAUCUAUUACUGUGGAUGGUUGUGAAGAAUUGGAGGAAAUAAUAGCCUCUAAGGAACUCCCUUUCCCUAAACUAAAAAUACUCAAACUGCGUAACAUGCCCAAAUUGAAAAGCAUCUACGGCAGAACAAGAGUGUUGCAGAUUAGGCAGCUCCUGAAUCUGGAAUGUAUUACUGUGGAUGGUUGUGAAGAAUUGGAGGAAAUAAUAGCCUCCGAGGAACUCCCUCUCCCUAAACUGAAAAGACUUGAACUGCGUAAUAUGCCCAAAUUGAAAAGCAUCUGUGGCAGAACUAAAGGGUUGCAAGUUAGGCAGCUCCAGAAUCUAGAAUCUAUUACUGUGGAUGGUUGUGAAGAAUUGGAGGAAAUAAUAGCAUCCGAGGAGUCUGAAGAAGAAGAUGGUAAAUUCCUUCUCCCCAAACUAAAAUUACUCGACUUGGGUGAUAUGCCCAAAUUGAAAAGCAUCUGUGGGAGAACCAGAGUGUUGGUGUGUGAUUCUCUUAAGACUUUGCUAAUUGGUGAUUGUCCGAUGCUGAAAAGAGUUCCUCUUUCACCUUCUCCUUCUCUAAAAGAAAUCAAGGUAUCUUCAAAAGAGUCAUGGGAAUCGUUGGAGUGGGAGCAUCCCAAUGCAAAGGAUGUCCUUUUGCCCUUCGUUAAAUUUGCUCAUUGGGAUUGAAGAAGUGCAAGGUGCUCGAUGAUUCACCACAAACAAAGGGGGACAAAUUCGAGUCUCGAGCAAGAAAUCAUACAAAGGUAAAUUGUUUGCUCCACAUUGUGUAAUUAUCAGAGGUGAGUUUUACUAUAAACUGUGUUGCCACAUUGAAGAUUAUGACAUUGCUGGGGUUUUGAGUUCCAGUGGAGUUUGCAGCAGCAGGAAUGACAGUGGUUUUUGCAAUGAUUGGGUAGCAACAACAGUUUGUCCUACACUAGAGGCAGUUGUUGAGGACGUUUGGUUGGCUAUGAUUGUGGAAAAACAAGGGGACUGGUCUGAGCCACCCUACUACAUGUUGGCCAGAGCAAUGAAAUGAAGCAGGAUGAAUAAAUCACACCAUUUUUUUCUUGAUUCGGAACUUCGUGUUUUGUUCCUUUGUUGUGAUUUCAAAUGUCAAAUUCAAAAUGCAAUGUUUCUUGUGUGUAGCUUGCAUUUCAUUCUGUGUGAACUAUGUGGUAAAAAUUGUUAUGUUUGUGUAGUUUUUAUAGUUAUGCUUGUAACGAAAUUUAUAUUUUUUUAUUGAAUGUACUGGAGUAUUUGUUUGUUUCCUUUUCUAUAAUGAUGGGAAUUGGUUGUUAAAUUUCAUUUUCUUCUUUUCUACUCUGCUAAAUUCUUUUUUUCUUCUUUUUAUUCCCUAUUAGUCUCAUAUUACCUUGGGGUUUUCGAUAUGUACCUGAAAAGAGUAAUAAAUUUUAUGCAGCUUUUUUGCCAAAUAUUUUUUGCAUAAUUAGCUGUAAACACAUGUAUGGCAUAGCCUUUUAUCUUUUAAAUCUACUUUCGCUCUUGCAUAUGAUCAAUGCCAUUGCGUUUUAGCCUUUUUUGAGAACAACUGCAAGCUACUUAAUUUGCCACAAACAAUGCAUAUGAGAGUUCCCAAUGACUUGGCAAACUCACAGUUAUAUGGGAGAGCAGUGUUCUUACUUCUUUUAGGUCUAUUCCUUCUCAGCAAGCAUAUCGGUGGUGCUGCUCAUGGACUAGGAGGAACUAUGAAAGCUUUAACGAGAUAGAUGUCAAGCGUACCCUUGCAUACAUAAAGUGCAUCUGUAACUGACUAGGCCUAUUGAUCUGUGACUGUUUGGAAUCUUUGCAAUUUAAAUUCUACAAGGAACUGAAGAGGGUUCCACUGUAUCUUCCCCUGCUUAACAAUGGCCAGCCAUACCAUCUCGUCCUCAUCUCAAAGAUUUUGAGGUGUCUACAAUAGAAUGGUGGAAAUUGUUGGAGUUGGAGUGGUGUUAACCCAAUACAAAGACACUUGUUCUUCUUUCUCCUUUUUCUGAUGAAGGCUGCAAAUUGUGACAUAUAUCUUGAGUGAUGUAACAUUUUGAGGAAAUUGCAAUUGCACUUCAAAGCUUUUGAACUUUGAGACUUGAUGUUUCCUUGAAGUGUGUAAACAUAUACUGACCUAAGUCACUGAUCUAACUAAAAGAUUUGUUUAGCUCUUCUUUUUCUGCCCUAUGUUUAUGGUAUGUCAAAAUGACUUAUGUUUCUUUUUCCUUUUUGAAUGAAUAUUUGGUUUGAUCCUAAUUUCUUCAAAUGACUUAUGUUUCUUUUUCCUUUUUGAAUGAAUAUUUGGUUUGAUC